CAUAAGUGAAGGAGGCAUCGCAAGAAAACUCGGACGAAAAAACCACACCGUCGUCAGAGCAAAACACGGGAAAAGAAAGAAAUUAGCAGGAUUUUUCGCUUCCGUGCGUACAGUUUCGUAAAUUUGUGAUUAAAAAGGAAUUAUUCCAUACGUAUAGUGAUUUUCGGUGGAAAGAAAAGUAGCCCUUUGUCCAUUCACUGUAAAGUAGUGCGAAAUUUUUUUUUUUCGUUUCGACUUGAAUUUUGCUGACAUCGAAGGGGGCCCCCGGUGUUGAAAUCGGUGAAAAUGUUCUCCACCAAGAAGGAUAUUGAUCGACACGUAAAAACGUCUCUCGCAAAGCUGCCGGAACAUGAGAAAUACCUUCGCGGACUGGCGAUUGCCCGUCAAUAUUUCAAGCUAGGUGAAUACGGAAGUGCCGAGCAUUGGCUUUCCUGUUUCUUGUCAGUUCAGGAAGACAGUGCCCAGGCGCACAAACUGCUUGGGCAGUGUUAUGAGAAGCAGAAGAAAAUUGACAGGGCUAUUACCGCUUACCAGCGAUCGCUGCAGCUCGAUUCCAAGCAAACCGGAUUGAUAACGGAAGUAUGUAAACUGUUGUUAUCCGAUGAUAACUUUAGUAAAAAUCUAUCAAAAGCCAAACACUGGUGUGAUCUGGCCGAAACGGAACGAAUCAACCACGAAGCCGUUCUGAAUCUGAAGCUUAAAGUGGCCAACAAAGAUGUCGCCACCGACAACAAACUGGUCAAGGAAAUUAUUUUGAAAGAGAUUUUUGCCCGCCCACUGGAUCCUGGUUUGAGAAUACGUCUUGUGAAGCACUUUAUCGACGAGAAAAAAAUAGAUGAUGCAUUCAAGUAUUGCUACGAUAUAGAAAUCAAGUUCACUGAAACGUUCCAGCAAUCGGUCGAAUGGGCCAAUGCAAUCUCUUCAAUGUUGACCAAGUACGCGGAAGUAAAUGCUGCCUCAUUCCAGUCCAACUGGAGCUACUGGCUUCUGUCGGUGAUGACUCUCGAUCGUCAAAUUUAUCUCAACUUGCUGGCCGAUUCUUCGCUUCAAUCAAUCAAACAAAGCAACAUGAAAGAAAUAGCUUCUCUUCUAUUCGAGCUUGAUCUAACAUUGCACAAAUUUGCCGACAAGGGACGCAACGCAUGCCCGCAAAAAGAUCUCGCUGCAGAAUUUCUCCGACACUACCGUGGACAGUUGCUGCUGCACUCGUCGUCGUUGCUAUUCAAACAUGAAAAACAGGGCGGCAAGGCUCGCGAUGUAACGGCCAAAUGUUUACCGUUGUUGUUUCUAGCGUACCAGUGCGAUGUUCCGGAUUCGGACGAACCGUGGCUCAAGCACACCAACGACGCCACCCGGCAGCUGAUGGCGUACUGGAACAAACAAGCCGCCUUCCGAUGCUGCCAGGCCGGGGGUACCAUUUUGUCGUGCGUUGACGAGAGCGUCGACGCGUCGGUAAUCGCACAGAUCCAAAGCGUCACGGAGAACAAGAUUUGGAACACGGCGGAAGAUCUGGUAAAUCAGGUCCGUCAGUUUUGUUCCGACGUCAACUGGAAGAAGAACGUAUUCCGCGCCUUGUAUAGUAACAACGGGGAUCAGAUGUCUAAAAUGUCCUCUUCCUACUUCAUGCAGUACGGAUCCACUGGUGAACCGCAGUAUGUGCUUCCGAAGCGGGAGCACAUGCAAAUGUAUCUGGAGAUUGCCCAGUACCUAUUUCCGUCGUCGCUGGCCUAUCAGAUAUAUCUGGGUCUGGGCAUAGAAGAUUUGUCGGAACUGAAAUGUAAGUCAUUCAACGGGCUAAACUUAUCCACCAACAAUUUGGACAACUGCGGCGUUGAAACCCUGAACCAGUUGGAUGUGGAUUCGUUUCUCUAUUGUUCGAUUUUGGUAGCCAAGAGCUGCCUGGAAGGCGAAAAGAAAUACCAGGAUAAGAUCGAUACUGGUAAACCGCUGAUUCUACCUGCGCCAAACAUGAUUCCUACGCUUUGUGAAGAGAACAAGUCCGAUUGGUGGAAUGCCGCAUGUGCAGUUUUCAAGAACACCAAAAUGGAAAACAUGACAUCGAACAAACAGCUCCUACAGCAUGGGAUUCAAGCCGUUCGAGGUACGGGAACACCGAUAACGGACGUGAUUGUGCUGUUGAAGUUGGGAAAGAUUCUUGCCAAGCGAGUAAGCGCAUCGAUGCUGCCAGAGGAGCGCCGCCAGUUGGAACUGAGGGCGGAAUGCGUGUACAAGGCGGGCGUGCUGCUGUGGAAAAUGCGUAACGAAGCUUCGUUCAGCAGUACAAACGUCUUCUUCAAAUAUGGCAUUGAAUCGUUCGACUGUAGCCAGGAAGCGGUCAAGUUAGCCGAAGACGCUCUCACCUAUCUGGCGGGUGUCUAUUUCAAGCAUGGACGGUACGAAGAGUUCACUCACGAUUUUGGUGGAAUCCCGCUACCAUUUGCCGCUUACUUCCGAGCUGAGGCGUUCAAAAAGCUUGACGAAUCGAGUAAAACCCCCCUAAAGACGAAAAAGUUCUACAGCGAAAGAGCGCGGGAUUGUAUUAAGCAGACGCAAAAGUAUCUGGAACUGCCGUACAUUGAAAAGAGUCACCCGCUGCACUUUGUGGUUCACAGUGAAAUUAAGCGUCUGCAGUUCAACGAGUCGUUGGAGGAUGGUAGCCUGAAUACCUCUAUUAACGGGUUUGGCGCUGUUGGAGUAGAUGAUAGUGAUCAUUUCCAGUCGUUCAGCUCUUCAGCCAAUACCGGAUUGAACAGAUCUGAGCGUGAGGCGGCCAACUUUGCUGUCAAGACAAAUGAACUGGAGAAUUUAAUCCGGAAAAUGAUGGAAACCCUGAACAUCGUUAAGGAAGACGUGCUGAACAUUAGGAACGAUGUGGGUGACAUGCAGGAAAGGUUGGUUAAAAUCGAAGAAAACAUCUACAAGAAACCGGCUGAAGAUGAAGCGACCAGAACUGCUUCCGUAUUGAAUGACCUGUACAUUCUGGACGAGUUGCAAAAUCCAUCCUAUGCAGGUCAAGCAGCCUACAAUGCGCCACUGCAACAAUUAACGCCGAAUCUGGCUCAAUCUCACGGCCGUUUACCGACGCAUCCUGCAGCCGCAGCCGCUGCCGCCGCAGUUGCCAUGCAACAAUCGAAUGCAGCUGCCUACCAACAGUUCUACAACACUUCCUAUCCGAUGUACAUGCAGCAGUACGCUCAACAGCAGCAAGGACGAGGACAGAUGGGAGCAAUUGCGUCGCCUAUGCACACUUACCAGGACAAUAACCUUCUAGUACAGGCAUCGCCGGCUGCUUACUACCAACAGCAGCAACAACAACCUAACCUUCCAUCAGUUGUUCUUCCUUCCCAGCAACCGGUUCCAGUCGUCACUCCGAAAGGAUCAUCCCUGAUCGAACAAGCUCUUCAAACACCUACUCUUCUAAACACCUGGAAUUCCACUUACAAUGCAAUGAUCCCAUCAGCAUCGAUUGCUCCAGUAGUUGUAACAGCAGCCCCGUUGGAAAAAGCACCACCAGUCAAUGUGGUAAUAACCAACUCGGAUCCCCUUCCGACGAACAUUCCCGUUGGCACCACGCAACCUACCUACAGCGUGACGAUUCCACCACAGCAUAUUAAACAUAGCGUGAUGAGCAAUACUUCAACCGUGGCCUCAGUAGCCCCUCCAAUGGCAUCUACCGCUACAGUUUCCGGUAUAGACAAUAUCUCCCCGGUGGGGCAACAACUGAUUAACACACAAUUCCCAAUUCCAGCUCCGAAGGCAAUGUUGCCAAUCAUUACUCCUGGAAUGUUCAGCCAAAGCAUCAGUGCAGCCACCACUGCCGAAGCCUUAGAGGAGGACGACGAUGAAGACACCGCUGCCAAUGUUUCCGGCGAGUACGAUCCUCGUCCGGAUUUCAAACCCAUCAUCGAUCUACCGGACGAAAUCGUAGUGAAAACGGGUGAGGAAGACGAAGAACAGAUAUUCUGCGGUCGCUCCAAACUCUUGCGCAUGGUUCACAAAGAGUGGAAGGAAAGGGGUCUUGGCGAUCUGAAGAUUCUGAAGAGUAAAUCCGAUCCGAUCAAGUACAGGAUCGUUAUGAGGCGUGAUCAGGUUCACAAGAUCGCCGCCAAUCACUCGAUCUCGCCGGAGCUGAUUAUCAAACCAAUUGAGACAAACAACAAAUGCUACACCUGGGCCGCUAUGGACUUUGCCGACGAGGAACCGAAGAAGGAAACAUUCUGCGCUCGCUUUGCCAGCGCCGAAAUAGCCAAGGAAUUCUACGAUAAGUUUAACGAGGCUAAGAACGAAAUCAUUCGGCUGAAGAUGCAGAAGGAAACACCUGUCGUUCCAAACACAACACCAAGCUUUGCAUUCAGUACCCCUAAGGUUGACGUCGCAUCAACUCCUAUCAACAAUCCGCUGUUCGGUUCCUUGCCAUCAAACAAGCCACUUUUUGGAUCGGCAGCCAGCACUUCAACCGCUACACCCAUUACCACAUCAACCAGCACCACCACUACCCCUUCACCCUUCCAAGGCUUCACAUUUACCAACAACUUUGCACCGAAAACACCGGCCACAGUCACCACCGAGGAAAAACCCAAAGAACCUGCCAAGCCAAGUCCGUUUGCCUCGUUUAGCUUCGGUGGAGCGAACCCAACUAUUGCUGCUGCUGUUUCUACUUCGUCCACAACCAUCGAGCUAACCGAAAAAUCCUUUACCGACAUCUUCAGCAGUUUGAACAAACUUUCUACGCCGACAGUUGUGACAUCCACCACUGUUCCUGCUCCCGGAAAAACUCCAGAGAAUCCAUCAAAUACGUCGGUCAGUGAAGACGUCGUGGAAGAUUUUGUUCCGACGGCAGAUUUCAAACCCGUUAUUUCACUGCCAGAACUGGUUGAAGUAAUAACCGGCGAGGAAGAUUUCGAUUGCGUGUACCAGCAUCGGGCGAAAAUCUUCCGCAUGGACAAGGCGGCUAAAGAAUGGAAGGAACGUGGCAUUGGUAACAUUCGGGUGCUGGUCAAUAAAAACGAUAACAACAUCGCACGGUUGCUAAUGCGGCGGGAACAAGUGCUGAAGCUGUGCUGCAAUCAACUGAUCAGUAAAGACAUGAAAUUCUCUCCGAAUGAUAAGAACAACACACUGACCUGGAUCGGGCACGAUUACUCCGAAGGUGAGCUGCUUGUGGAAACGUUUGCCAUCCGUUUCAAGACGGCCGAGAUUCGUAAAGAUUUCCACAGCAUCAUAAAGAAGGUUCAGGCUGCCAUGGAAGACAAAGCGGCAGUCGAGGCAAAGGCCGCAACAAAAGAGGACAAGAAACCCGAACAAACAGGUUUUGGCGAUAAGUUCAAACCUAAAGCCGGCUCGUGGAACUGUGAAUCUUGCUAUGUAACGAACAAAACGGACGACUUCUACUGUAUGGCUUGCAACAGUCCCAAGGAUUCCACAGUUCCGAAGAAGGAAACCAACUUGCUGGACAAUUUGUCGAAAACGACCGCAAGCAAGUUUACGUUCGGUGUGCAACCGCCAGCCGAUGCUCUCAAGUUCAGUUUUGGUGUACCCGCAGGCACCCCUGCACCUGCCAAACCCGCUGACACCGCCAAUAAAGACCAAGCCUCCUCCGGCUUUGGCGACCAGUUCAAACCAAAAGCUGGUUCGUGGUCUUGCUCUGGAUGUUACAUCAACAAUCAAGCAGAUGAUCUGUACUGUGUGGCUUGUGACACGCCCCGAGAUUCAACCGUGCCUAAGAAGGAGAACAAAGGAGUUCUGGGAGGUGACACCCCAAAGUUCAGUUUCACUUCGGGAGGUGGCUUCUCUUUCGGAACACCUGCUGUGGCCGCUACAAACACCACCACCUCCACUACAGGAGGUUUCAGUUUCGGAUCGGCACCAGGUUCUGGAUUUUCUUUCGGAACGCCACUUGCCAAACCGAUCACGACUACUACAUCUGGUACAGUUUCAGCAGAUACCAGCGCUACGGUGACCACUACGACCACGACCAGCACCUUCAAGUUCGAACUUCCGAAACCUACCAUGUCGUUUGGACCCUCACCUACAAAACCCACGGAAGACAAAUCGACUAGGGUGGCAGCUCCGGAAAAAUCAACAUUCGAGUUCGUUUUCAAACCCAAAUCACCCGGAAAACCCAAAAGCCCUGGUCGUACAUUGAGCACCGGGUCCGCCAACGAUGAUGCUGAAGGCGACGCGGAUGGUGAGGAAUGUGCCGAGGAAGAGAACAACACCUACUUCACGCCGGUCAUUCCGCUUCCAGACAAGGUUAAUGUCAAAACCGGCGAGGAGGACGAGGAGGUUCUGUAUUCGCAUAGGGCAAAACUAUAUCGCUUUGUGGACAAGGAAUGGAAAGAACGCGGAAUCGGUGAUGUUAAAAUAUUGAGGCACAAAAGCAAUGGCAAACUGAGAGUGGUGAUGCGUCGUGAUCAAGUCCUCAAGAUCUGCCUGAACCAUGUACUGGAUGACGAUGUCCUGUAUCAAAAGAAGGACGACAAAUCAUGGCAAUUCGUGGCGAAUGAUUUUUCCGAAGGUGCAUUAGAAGUGAUGAACUUCUCGCUGCGUUUCAAGAAUGCAGAAAUUGCGAGCGAUUUUAAGAACGCUAUUGAUCUAUCUCUUUCCGGUGAUGCGAUCAAGCUAUCGUCAUCGCCCGCCAAGACGGACAGUAAACUGAACGCCACACUGGAUUCUACCAUUUCAACGCCAACCAGCAACCUCAACUAUUCCCAAUUGAGCGAUAUAUCGCUGGAUGAUAAGGAACUUAUCGACAAGCUCAAGCUUCCGGCCAACUUUUUCGACAGCCCCAAGCAAACUUGCACCGGUUGCCGUGGCUGUGAUCCGGACAGCUUCGUAUUUCCGACCUAUGAUCUUACGGUGAACAAAGAUCUUCAGGACGAUAAACCCCUGCCCGUGAAUGUGAGCGACGUCAAGCAGUUACCAAUUGCUAGGAAUUUGACCCGGUCACCUAAGAAAGUGAGCUUUUCCGAGACGAAUGAAGACCAUAAAGUGAGUAAUCUGUUCGGAUCGCUAUCAACGGCGACGACGACGACGGCAACGAAAUCGGAGAGCAAAUUGCCUUUCACCAUCAGUAGUUUUGUGAGUGCCGAAAAGCAGUCGUCGGCUGCCACGGUUUUUGGUGGAGCAGUUUCAGACCAGAGCACCCCAAAGUCCAUCUUCGGAGCACUCGCAUCCGGAACUAGCUCAAGCUCUCCAGCAACCGGUUCCAUUUUCUCGUCUUCUCUCAAUACCACACCUAAAACAGCGCUUCUGCCUUCGCAAGCUGACAAGUCAAAGUCUCCACUACUGCAGCCCUCGGUCUUCGGUUCAGCUGCUCCCGGCGGUGGCCUGAACAAGUCGGCAGAAGGAGUGCAACUCUUCGGUUCCGGUUUCGGACAAAACACCUCCAGCACCAAUAGUAUUUUCGGAGGAACGCCAAGCUCUGUAGCGGUCGCAAAGUCGGAGCCUUCGGCAAUCCCGGCUAAUACCGUAACUAGUACGCCUGUGUUUGGAGGAAGCUCCAACAUGUUUGGGGGAUUUGGAAGUGCGACCAGCAUACCGACAACCCUUACCACAAAUUUAACGUCAGUCAGCGGGGGAGGGUCGACACCUUUCGCUUCUGUUACUAGUGGCUUCAGCUUCGCCGAUGCUGCCAAAGAAUUUGACAAAAAAUCGAGUGCGGAACCGGACCUGUUAAUGAAGUCGGAAGCGGGUGUUAGUUUCGCAACACUUGCUUCUGGAACGACUGGAAGCUUCUUUAAUAAACAGAGUGCAUCCAACAGUGGUUUCGUCGGUUUGACGGUAAAGGAAGAUAUCUUCACCAGAAUGGCAAACAAGAGCAAGAACCACAGUACCGGCGAAAAUGACGAUAAAGAUGAAGCGGCAGGUGUAGAUGAAAAUUAUGACCCUCACUAUGAACCUAUCAUUCAGUUGCCAGAUGAAAUCGAAGUCCGAACGGGAGAAGAGGAAGAGAUCAAGCUGUUUGGGGAGAGAGCCAAACUGUACCGAUACGAUUCGGAUACCAAGGAAUGGAAGGAACGAGGUGUUGGAGAACUGAAAAUCUUGCAUCACCCAGGUCGUAACAGCUAUCGGUUACUGAUGAGACGUGAGCAAAUUUUCAAGCUAGUGCUGAAUCAUGUAAUCACCAGCGAUUUGCACGUGACACCGAUGAACAACUCAGGCAAGGCAUUCGUCUGGGCCACCAUGAACCAUGCCGAAGAAGGGCCCCAGCUGGAGCAACUUGCGGCCCGAUUCAAGAACGAAGAUUUGGCCGAAGCUUUUAAGUCCGCACUGGAUCUGUGUCAGGAAAAACUCCGACAAAAGCCAGACCUAGAACCGGACCAAGACUAAUACAACGCCACUGCUGGACGUGAGUGAGUAACCAACAAAAUAAAGGUAGUUAUUAUGUUUAUGUGUAAAAUUAUUAUAUAUUGGUGAUUAUUGGUAUUUAGUUAAAGAUUGUUUGUCACUUUUAUAUAUUUAAAAAAAAAACAUGUCUAUCCUAUUAUGGAACUCUCUCAACCUUUUUCGUGUUAGCUUGGCACAGAGUAUUGUACCAUUGCAUGUCAGAUCGAACACUAAAACCGUUCCGCUUGUAGAUGGAAUAUCCUUUUAAACAAUCAAAGGCAACCUUUCCUUAGCCCCAUGUGGAAGGAAGCCGAAUUGAAGCUACAAUGCCCUAAAAUUUCUAGCCUAAGAUUCUACAUAUAAGAAACGAAAAAAUAAUUUGAAGUGACUAUACCCAUGCUUGAUGCUUAACUCUAAACAACCCCGCCUAUCGUAAUCCCGCGUAGAUGCAAAGAAAAGACUGACGUAUAGCGAAACUAAUCAACCACAGACACGAAUGGUCUGCGCGUCGGCAUGGCUUGACGUUUCACUUCAGGUUAGUUUUUAGACAAACCGUAGUUUUAUGAAACACAACAGCUACUACACUUACAACAAUAGCCCAUUACUCGUAAGCAAAUUCAGCGUGAGCUAAACACGGGUUGUACAAUGUACGCACGAAGUUCUCCCAAUUUUUGCGUUUGGUUCCCGCAAAGCAAUAUUGUCUACUGUUUACGGUUUCAGUUGUGUUGUAGAUUUUAUUACGUCGUCAAAACACCCGAUAUCAGGAAAACACAGAAAAAUGAUACAGUUAAUUAAAAAAACAAUUC